CUUCAUGUUUUGGACUCACAUCAGUCAGGUCUUAUUUCAGAAUGAAAAUAAAAAUUUCAGUUAACUUUUAAGCGCAUGAAAGUUAGAAAGUGCAUCUGAUUACUAAGUACAGUACACGAAAUUACCCCCUGCGAGAAAAUGAUAGUCGAGACUCGCGUUUUGGAGAAAGCCGCCCAGCUAGCAAAGCAAUGCCGACUUCCUCGGGUGUAUCACAAUGUCAUUGGGACAUGGCCUGAUGAACAAUAUUAUCGCUACUUUGCCCCGGUGUACGAACAGCGUCUAGGACAAUUAGCAUUUCUGCUUAACGAGUACCAGAAUGUGCUGCUGGAACAGCCAGAUCGGUAUAAUGCAGAGUUCCAGAUGAAUUUACUACUCAUCACCUACGAACAUGAUUUGAUAGCACCGUACCUUAACCAUCCUGAUUUGUCAAUAGACGUGUUUAUGGCCAAGUGCGAGAUUGAAAGUACGAUGUUACGUGAAGGUCCAGGUCCUAGCAACAUCUUACUUCGAAAGCUUAGUCGAUAUCUUCUCAGAACGUUCGGAUCCCUUAACUGGGAGUUUCAGUAUGGGAAUUUAAUGUGUCUGCGUGAAACUAUGCACUUCUUUGCUUCCCACAAUCUACCGGGUUAUCCCAAAAAGUUGAUCAAACAUGCAAUGUUAUGCAUAAAGGAAUUGGUCAAAACGGUUAACCGGUACACGUUCGCCUUCGCACUCUCAUUGCUGGAAAGCAGUCUCACAAAGUACACGUUCAGUUCGGUGAGCUCAAAAGCUCUAAGAGACGUCCUCGAUGGCCUGAUUGAUGCUCCGUUGAACUUGCGGCGCCAAUGCGUUCUUGGCUUCAUUUCCGCAGUAGAGAAAUGUAUCGAAGGUUUCGGUAACAAGUUAUUGAAAUCCUCCGAGCUAGCAAGAUGUUAUCGAGUAAUUGAUAUGGUUUUGGAUGACAUUCCCAUUGCCAAGAACAGUGAUCAUACAGAACGACUAUUAAUGCUUCUUCUGCGGCUACUCUACAUAGAUUAUAAUGAAUUUCCGCUUGACAAGUACAUUUGCAAACACAGAUUACUUACAAAUCGGAAGGAAGAUCUUAUGAAGGUUGCGUGGCAUGGAGCACCUCGUUUCGCUGAAUGGACUGUCAAAGUGGUGGAAUUACUCACAACGUUGCCACUGAAGUACGAUCAAUGUCCUUACAUCGUCAAAUUAAUAUCACUUGCACUGCUGGUCGCAACUAGACUACCUCGUGUGGCAAAUGAGGAAAUGAUGCUCGAAGCUGUUUCUACCAUUGUCCAGUGUUACGAAAAGUUUAUCACUGGGUUGGCCCAACACUAUAGCAACUGGAAACCGCCUGAGACCUUCGAAGAUGUCACGGGUUAUCUGACUGAAAUUGAUACGCUUGUGUUCAUACUCGGUUGCAUGUGCAACAAUCAAACUGCGUUGCUCAAUCGAUACUUACGGCAGUUGUCGCUCUGCGACGUUACAUCGUCGGUUCAGAUUAUAAAGAGUUACCAAACCAAGUUUGAUGAAUUUGUUCAGAUCGUUUGCGAUGGGCAGCGGCACUUGAAAGAAUUUGUGCAACAACACGAGAACGGAAGUACAUCUUGAUUCUAUCGACGUUUUCAAUGCACAUUGGAUGCAACAUGAUUUUUUUUUGUCAUUCGUAUACAUUUUAAUGUAAUCUUUUCAUGUAUUUGUCAUGUUAUCAAAUUCGUAAUAAACAGUUUCAUAAGAAAUUGAA